CGUUUCUCGGCUAAGCGCCACCCACUAUCGUUACGCAGAAAGUAGAAAGCGAUAUUAGAUGAAGGAAUCCGAGUUGGUCUGCCAGGCACCGGUUAACCGAUACUGAAGUUUGUCUCCAGGAACAGGAGCGUUGACUGGAUUUAUUUUGUAUUUAUCACAUAAAGGCACAGACACUUGUUGGACAUGGGGUUUCUUCUGACCAAGAUGAUGGCUGUGUUCGGUGACAGAGAGCACAAAGUCAUCGUUGUGGGUUUGGACAAUGCUGGAAAGACAAGCAUCCUCUAUCAGUUUCUGACGAAGGAAGCCGUCCACACAUCCCCAACCAUCGGCAGCAACGUUGAGGAGAUCACCGUAGGUAAAACGAACUUCAUGGUUUGGGACAUUGGAGGACAGGAGAGCCUUCGAGCCAGCUGGUACUCAUACUACGGCAACACAGAGAUUGUCAUUUUGGUCGUGGACAGCACCGAUCGUGAACGUCUCAAUCUCACCAAAGAGGAACUGCACCGAAUGCUCGCACAUGAGGACCUACAGAAAGCAGCCGUUCUUAUUUUGGCUAACAAACAGGACGUAAAAGGCUCGAUGACAGCGGCAGAGAUCUCCCAGUGCCUCACACUCGACUCAAUCUCAUCACACUCAUGGCAUGUUCAAGCCUGCUGUGCCCUGACAGGAGAGGGUCUACCUGCCAGUCUGGACUGGAUGAAGUCACGGGUUGUUGCAAACUAGAGCGCACGCCAGUGGAUCAAACUUCCUCAAACUGAGCCAACCUCAAAAGGCACUGCAGAUCCCACGCGUAAGGAAUAUUUACAAUGGUAACUUUUGGGGCAAAAUCCUGUGAUAGGAGCUUGCCCCACCACACAUGUAGUAUUACACCGCUGUGUGAGGCCUCCGGGUGGACGAACAAGAGAGAAACCUGGGUAGUCUUAGAGUCGGGUAAAGGUAAACAAAUAUCUGUAAAUUGCGGAAUUUUGCACUGUCCAAGGACCGCUUGUGUUGUAUUAUAAUAAUAUGGUUAACUGGAGAGGUUUUUUUUCAGUUUCUCUCUCUCUUGUUGUUAAAAGUACACAGUGAGUGUUUUUGUGCAUUUCCUUAAGCGAUCCACGCAGAGAGGUGCUGCCCUGACCAGCAAUAUCACAUUCCACUACAACUACUUCUACAAUGAGUGAAAAAACUGAAAAAAACUGAACACGUACCUGAAAUCUUACACCAUACAUUUAAGGCAGAUAGAUCCCAGAUUAUAACUAACAAUACUAAAGCGUAAACUAUGGUGUGUGUUAAGCGUUGAUUUUCUCUUAUUUCAAUUUUAUGAAGUUAAUCACGUGCCCUUGUGCCUUCACAUAUAGCAUUAAACGCAUUAAUCAUAAUAACAACCGAUUUAGUAGCCUACCUCACCAGUUACAAAACAGCUUUCCAAUGACAAAGUCAGUUUAAAAGCUGCCUAUUAUUAAGCUUCUAUCAUGAAAGACUUUACACAACAACAGAGAAGAAACUAUAGAGAACAUACUGUAGCUCCUGUGGUCUCCGAAACUGCAAUGUUGGUAUACAAGUCUGCUCCAGAUGUAUUAAAUUAAAUGUCAUGCCAAUGAACAACAGGACUUCUAUGUUAGACCUGAACAUGUUUUGUAAUUUAUUUUAGGAAAAGCUCUUGAACUAUAUUUACUGUAUAAGUCAGCAAUUCCCUGAAUAGGAAAAGGAGCUAGCUGCUAAGGACUAUGAGUCGUAUUACGAAUGUACUGUAUAUAUUGUAUUGUGUAUUUUUUAAAUAAACAUUAUUGCAAACA